AUGAUAGGCGUAUCGCUUAUUGGGGUGUUGUCCGGCAGCGUGGCUGCUGGCGCCAUAUGUGACUCGUAUGAAAUGAUGGUACGGCGGCGGCGGCGCUGGGGCGAACAGGACGUUGCAGCAACGCGUACAUCCUUCCAGCGCACUGUAACCGAGCUUCAGGUGAAGCGUGCGGCGGCGAACGAUGUCGAGGCGGAGCUUGAAGCCGGCGGCGCACGUUCCUCGUGGUCUCGAUGGUGGUACCGCAGCCAGAAGGACCGCGAGCUCGCCGUGUUGCGGAGCGAGAUUAUGGGGCUCUCUGCCAUGGCUAAUGCGAUGCGUUCAGACCUGGAACAUCAGGAGGCCCAGGAGCGCCGCGUUCGGUACGCGCGAACCUGGCCUGGCUACGUUGUGCUCCUAGGGGGCUAUCUAUUCUCUGCGUACUGCCUGGCGCGCCUCGUGCAGUGUCUGCUCAAUCUGCUCAUCUUUGGAUACGAGCUGAAUUCUACGCGCGAUCUGGUCUCGACGUGCCUGGCCCAAAUAAUGCGGCUACUAGGCUUGCAGGUCGAUGUAGCGGCCUGGUCUCCCCGGAUCAGUUUCCUCAUGGUCGGUGGCCUGAUUGUUAUGCGCCUGCGAAAGAUCUUGGGGGGCCUUUCCUCUGCGAUCCAGUCGGUGUCUACGGGUAUUAGCACGCAGCUGCUCGUGCUGUUCACAGCGCAGGUCUUGUGCAUCUAUGUCCUCGCCGCUUUAAUCCAGCUACAUGCGGGCGCAAGCACUGCUACGGAUAAGAGUAUGCUGCUUUCUUCGCUCCCCGAGUUCCAGCGCGUAUUUGGACGUGUAUUUGACAUCGCAUUCCUAGCCUGCGCGAGUGCCACGGGCGCGGCCCGUUGGUAUGCUUGGCACGCCGAUGUAUCGCUGCAUCGGGGGUAG